AUGUCCGCACCCACGUUUUCCUCCAACACGCGGGCGACCAGAUCGCGCUUUUCGAGUCCGCAGACGGCGCCCAACGGUGCGACCGACUCGUCAAGGGGUCAGGCGACGGGAGGCGCUGCGAACGGUAUCGAGGGCCAGAAACAAUUCAUGCAGCGUUGGCUGGAGCCCCCGGUUCAGGUCAAGCCCAGCUAUCAGGAUGACGGCCUAGUGCGCCACGGUGUGCUCGAGAACAUGGCUCCUUUGGGAACACUGCCAAAGGCGGGCUUUUUCAAGAAAACAGUCCCGCCGCCGCCUCCUCCUCCUGCUGCCCCUGAGCGGACACCAGUUCGCAGAAUCAUUGUCAAGCGACCUGCGCCACCCGUAAUGCCUGCUCCCGCUCCCGUGCCUCCUCCCGCGCCAGAAGAAGAUGAGACGGAGGAAGAGGAAUAUGGAGAGACAGAUGACGCCGAGGACGGGCCGGACGAGGAGAACCAGGAUGCGGAGGAUGCAACCGCUGCGACCAACGCCGCUGGGCGAGACAAGGCUUAUGCAACGACGUCCUCCUCGCGAUCUCGUCGCUCCCUCACCUCGCGGGAUGCAGACGACGAGGAAUGGGCGCCGGCAAGACCAUCACAAAAAGCUGCCAGGCGUCAGAGUUUGUCGAGGGCAAGCGCCGGUCGGCAUGGGUCUAUAGGGUCGGUGCAACAACCAGCAGCAAACGAGGGCCCAGGUCAUGUUGAUCUCAAAGAUUUCACUGACAAGGUGGUGGAGGCCGCCGUAGAUGAGGCGCUUGAUCAUUUUCGGUACCCCACAGCUUGGGCCCUGCGCACACUCUACGAUGAAAAUUCAUCCAACCCGGAUUUUCUCACCAUGAUCGAGAAGGUGUUCAACCAGACCGCAGGCACUGACACGCUCACAACGUUUGCGCAACUUAUCCACGCCAAGAAGAAGGAAGGCAAGAAGGACAACAAAGGUUGCUACUAUUUCGUGCCUCCGGCGACCAACAGCCGGUUUACGCCGCAUAAGCCGAAGCGGGCGCCUUACGGCAAUCUCAUCAACUUUGACGUCUCUACUUUGCAUCUUGAUCAGGGCACCAAAUCCCAAAAGGCUGGGCAAUCACAGCUCGAGCGAGAAGCUGAGCGUGAGCCCAAAGUCGAGCCCGAAGCUGAGCCCGAGGCCGACUCUCCUCCGCGCAAAAAGCGCAAAUCUGCCCGGCAGCCAGACUCUGCUUCCAAAAUGUCGGCGUUCAACGAGGUGAAUGGCAAUGGCAAAGCGAACGGGGCGAGUACGGCGAACGCGGCGAAUGCGGAGACGCCCUCGCGGCGGAAGACGCGGGCGCGUUCAUUGUCUAGUUCAUCUACUCUUUCCAGCGCACUUUCCUUGGCUCCGCCCGACGGAAUUCAAGAGGACGAGGAGGGUGAUGGCCUUGAUGUGCCGCCGUCCUCCCGCAACAGCCCUGUUGGCCGCCAGCCAAUCAACAACAAGCGGCGACGGUCCAACGCACCGCGCAAAAGCCGGAACGUGUCACCCUCCCGGCCAUCACCCGCUCCCUCAACUGCGCCGCAGCUGGAUGCAGCUUCUCGCGGUCAAAACAUCACAACAUCGCAGCGGCCAUCUCCCGCUGACGAGCAGCUUGGCGUCGCAGCCGAGGAACAACCUUAUGAAAUGCCAGCAGUUGUCGACUCACCAUUAUUUCCCAACCUCAACCCCAAGAAAGGCAACAAGUCUGGGGCGCCUCUCCCCGUCUUUGCAAGCAAGGUGGGCACAAUUGACGAGAACGACGAGAGACUGCGGCUGCGUCAGAAGGCGCGAGGAAUUACCAACAAUAAGCCGUCGGCUAUCAGCAACGCCAGGGGGAGCUCUCUUCGAGAUGCAUCUCGCCCAGGAGUAACGGAUGAGGUUAAUAACCCGGCGGCGGCAGCAGUGACGACGCCUGCAUCGCGGGUGCAAAAGGUUUCUUCUACUUCCGCUCGCCAGACACCGGCUCCGAGGGAGGGGAGGAGCACCCGCUCGUCGCUCAAGCGACCGCACGAUGAUAUGGAAGAGCAGCUCUCACCUAUUGCCGCCACCUUCCCGGGCUCAGAAGCAGCGUCAACGGCUGCGGACUCACGUGCUGGGACUCCGGCACUGCGGGCAACCAGGAAGGCCAGAACUGGCCUCCGCGUCAAGAACUCACCCAUCAAGAAGAAGACGGGCACCUCGGCAGGGAUCCCGCGCCCCAGCGGGGAGCGCAGCAGCCCCGUUGGCAAUGGCCCGGCCAACAGAGAGGAUGACAACGACGAUUACUGCUCUUCAUGCGGCGGCAACGGCGAGUUGAUCUGCUGCGACGGCUGCACUCGCUCAUUUCAUUUCAGUUGUGUCGACCCUGUGAUCAUGCAGGACUCGAUGCCCGUCGAGUGGUUCUGCAAUGUAUGCCGCACGAAACGAGACCCUGCUGGCCUCCCCGUGCACAAUGGCGCCUUUGCUUUGAUCCUCGAAAAGCUCGACGCCAAGAACUCGAGCGCGUUCCGCCUUCCUGUGACUGUCCGCGAUGCCUUUGAGGGGGUGCGCACGGGCGCCGACGGCGAGUAUGAGGAGAUCGUGGCGGCAACCAAGCCGGCUAGGAAGAAAAAGAGCGAGGAGGAGCAGACCCCUGAUUACUUCCGCCUGCGUGAUCAGGACGGCAACCCGGCCAUUUGCCACGGUUGCCAGAAGAGCAGCUCCUCAAAUCGCGCCAUCAUCCCGUGCAGCGUGUGUGGCAUAUUCUGGCAUCUCGAUUGCCUCGAUCCUCCGCUGGCGAAUCCACCCGCCGUUGUCCGCCCCUGGAAGUGCCCGUUGCAUAUCAAUGAUCUUCUUACCAAGGUCCCAGGAGCGCUGGGCCCGGCGCAUCGGUUCCGAAAGCUCAAGAACGUGCAGGUAGUCAGGCCCGCGUUCAGCCGGGGCUUCGCCAACAAUGGCUUUGUCGAGAUUGAUCCCGAUGACGACGAAGACCAGAGCGGCUGGAGGAACGUCGAGACUUACGGCCGUGUAGUCCGCUUGCCCGAGAAGGGCAUCAAACUGGAUUUCCUCUCUCGUUCACGCGAGAAUCGUAAAGGAAAGCCCAUCCCUCCUUUGAAUCAUGCCAACGCAGCAACUGUCUCAGCUCCGGCGCCCUUGCCGUUGGAGCAGAGGACACUGGAGGAGCAGCAGGCUGUCCUGAAUCUAGCGCAGCUGAGUGGCGACGGAUCAGCCGGCAUCACUACCCUCAUCGAUGCCAUGAUUUCGCAAGCCGAUCCGGUCCUUGUUGACAUGAUGGCGCGGGCCAAUCCCAACCACUUGGUGAACCCUGCCGCGCUCAACACUAUGGAUCAACAGAGUCUGCGUGCCAUCCUGGCUAGCGCAGAGGCGGUGAGUCGACGGGUCCGAGAGCUUCUGGCCGGACCCACGCCAACUCCUGAGCAAUCGCCUCCACUCGCCGAGGCAUCUUCGUUCAACGUGGCCGAGGACGCACCCACCAAGGUACCGAGUCUUAGCAACUCACAAUCCGCCGACGGUGACUCCGAUAAUGCCGCCAAUGUCACGGAUGUCGACACCAGUGGACUGGAAACCGAUGCCGGGAAGGGCCUUGCGUCUCCGGCCGCUACUGACGACGUCCCGGCCAUGACGCAGGGCGAGAAGACGCCCCCACAGGGCGAUCAGUCCCCGGCCGCGCCCUUGGAAGAGGACGGGCCUGCGGUUGAAAACGGCGGUCUGCCCGUCACACCGACCAAGGCGACCGCGGGUGCCGGAGAGGAGCCCGUUGUGCUGGAACCCCAUGCGGACAGCGAAAAGGCGCUUGUUGAGGAUGGGAUGGAUAUUGAUUGA